CUGACACCUACCCCCAGCCCGCAGCCUUUCAUUGUCAUCGCCGAACUUUUCUCCGCUGGGACAGGCGCCGCGUGUGGAAGCUCUGUCGCCAACGUAGGAAGCUGUGUCGCGUGUGGAAGCUCCGUCGUCGUCCUUGGAAGCCACCUCGCCGUCGUAGGAAGGCAGAAUGCAAGAGUUCUACUGAAAAUGGCCAGAUGCAGCAUAUGACACUUAAUGGGAGAAGCAAGGUUCGAAAUCUUACAAGAUUUAUCCAAGGGAAAGCAACAAAAUAUAUGUGAUUAUUAAUUAACAACAAUUAGCACUAUUAAGUAGGAUUACUAUUCAGUGAUGGAAGUGGAUUCUAGAAGAAUGAGGAGGUUUGGGAAUCAAAGGCACACACGAACCAACACUCUUCUUCCCCUUCAUGCAGCUUCUCAUCAUCAUGUUCCCAACAAUACCAUUUCCUGUUGGUAUUGUGACUACAAAAUCUCUACAUUUAACAAACCGCUGUUCCAUUUUGGUCGCAGAUAUGCUAGGUUUUUAAAAGUGUGGUUUUCAGUUGGGGUUGGAUUUGCACUUUCUGCUUUGCUUGGGGUUACUUUGAUUCUUCUCUGGGAAUUAGCUAAAGCAUUUCAUCUCUCUAGCGGUGGCAACAAGCUUGGAAACCUUAGAAAUGCUUUGCUCUUUGAGCUUCCCUCCUUGCCGUCUGGUUCGAGCUUAUCACUUGCUGAUGCAGGGUAUGUAUGUAUUUCUACCAUCAUAUCGGUCGUUGUUCAUGAAUUUGGUCAUGCUGUUGCAGCCACUAGUGAGGGGAUACAAAUAGAGUAUGUCGCUAUCUUCAUUGCAGUUCUAUUUCCUGGUGCUCUAGUUGCCUUCAACGAUGAAUUGCUACAAACUGUUCCACAUUGGACUUCCCUUAGUGUGUAUUCUGCUGGAAUUUGGCACAAUGCAGUUUGUUGUGCAGCUUGCGGAUUGACAUUAUUCCUGUUGCCCAUGUUCUUGUUUCCCUUAUACAGUAGCGGCCAUAGUCCCAUGGUUUUGGAUGUACUACCAACGUCACCUUUGUCUGGUUUUUUGGCUCCUGGUGAUGUUAUUGUAUCAGUGGAUAAUGUACCAAUUAGAAAUGCACAAGAGUGGUUGGAAGUUAAUACUUUAACAUAUAAUAGCAAGCUUCAUAAUGUAGAUAUUUCCGGGCACACCGGAGACGCGGGGGUUAUCAAUAGAAUGAAGGGUUACUGUGUCUCUAGUUUUAUGAUGGAAGAAGGCAAGAUUACAGGAUUGCCAGAAAAUCAAUAUGCUUGUCCCAGUGAACUUACAGCAUUUGUAAAAGUUUUGUGCUCCAAUAAUGUUACUCUGAAUGAUGAUAAGAGAAAAAUUGACCCUUCAAAUAGACGAUCGACUAUAUACUGCUUAAAUGCUAAAGAUGUUGUCAGACUUGAUAAAUGUGGUGAUGACGGGAGCCUAGCUACAACAAAUGGAAGUUGUACAUGCACUCGGGAUGAGUUUUGUUUAGCACCGGUUCAGGAGCCUGGCACAGUAUGGGUUGAGAUCACAUAUUCAAGUACUUCUCCGGAAUGUUCAUUACAUGAAAGAAAGAGAUUACCAGCUUCUGAAACUUCUGGCCUUAAGGAAACUAAUUGUGGUGGGACUUUUAUUUUUGUUGGUGAUGCCAUUUCAAUGGCUCAUUCAAUUCAGCUAACGUCAUAUCAGCCUCGCUGGGGACUAAAACUUGCCGCUUAUUUUCCAAAUUUACUGGAAAAUAUUUUGGUAUGGACAUUUCAUGUCUCUCUGGCUCUGGUUUUUCUCAAUACUUUGCCGGUGUAUUUUCUCGACGGUGAAUCCAUUUUAGAUGCAACUCUCGCCUACUUUACUUCAUUAAGCGCAAGAAAGCGGAAGACGGUUCUUAGACUAUGCCUUAUCAGUGGGUUUCUUACUUCUGUUAUAGCCUUUUUUCAAGAACUCCUUUAGUUGCUUUCUGAGAUCAUUUUUGUUGUCUUAUGAAGUGUGAUUAUGUGAACAUUCCGGUUCCUUGGUGAACAUCUGAAUGUUCAAAAUUUUGAUUUCUAAACCUGAGAGUGAACUUCCAUGAACAUGCACAUGCACAUGCACACAAAUAAUCUUUCGAAAUCAAGUCUCGUUUAUUGGAAUGUGAUCUGAUCUUGUUUAUUGGAA